UCUGAGCUUCAUAGUCCCUGAACAGCAUCUACUUACCAAGAUGAAAGCCAUGUUGAUUGUCGGAUUCUGUGUCUGCCUGAUGGCGGCCACCACAGCGUCUCCAGCUCCUCUGCUGUCCACUGCGCUAACGACCCUGCAAACCACCACCUCAUCGCUGCAGACCACGAUCACCAACCUGCUGACGCAGAUCCAGACCGCCCUGGCGAACAACGCCCUGACCAGCGCCGCCGCUUCGGCUCUGACCCAGCUCCAGUCAACGCUCACCGGUCUUCAGUCCACUUUGACCAGCAUCGUCUCGAACGGCCUUACCAGUCUUCCCACGACCCUCACCAGCGGCUUGAACACCGUCGCCGCCGGAGUGCAGACCGCCCUGACCACCGCCAACACCCAGCUUAGCGCGGUCAUCGCCGCCGGAAGCACCGUCCCGAGCACGCUGAUCAGCCAACUGUCCACGGCCACCACGGCACUGAACACCGUCGCCGGGUCUCUGUCGACCCAGGUGAACACGCUGGUGAGCUCGUUGAGUGGACUGUUGACCACGCUGCUCGGAACGGUCGUCGGACUUCCGGGAACGCUGUUGGGUUGAGCCGAUUGACAAGAUUUGCUGCAUGGAUUAUUUAUUUUUUAUCAUCCACAAUUUGAAUCAUUAUUCUACAGCUUGCACUAAAAUAAAAGUUGAUGAACAGCUUUACCAGCUUGA